AUGCUCCCCCUGAGCAAUAUCAUCAGCAGGCAAGGAGUUGCUUUCCACUGCUAUGCUGAUGAUACUCAGCUCUAUGUCAGGUUGGACCCCACAUCUUCCGCAUUAUCACUCACCACUCUGAAUGCCUGCCUGGAGGAGGUAGGGGCAUGGAUGACUGACAACUUCCUUCAGUUAAACAGCUCUAAAACUGAAGGACUCCUCAUUGGGACCCCACACCAACUCCGAUCCUCCACUCUGACCGUUUACUCAUUUGCUGGCCAUGACAUUCCUCUUACAUCCCCUAUAAUAAACCUGGGGGUUCGAUUUGACCCCCACCUAUCAUUUAACACCCACAUCCAAUUCAUCUGUAAGACUGCAUUCUUUCACCUCCGGAACAUCUCAAAACUCCGCCCCUUCCUCUCUCUUUCUGAUGCAGAGAAGCUGGUCCUUGCCCUUGUCUCCUCCAGACUUGACCACUGCAAUGCCCUCCUCAUCGGGAUCCCUGGCAAGAGCCUGCAGAGAUUGAAGUACAUCCAGAAUUGCGCAGCCAGGGUCCUGAUGAGGGUGUGCAAAUUCGAGCACAUCACACCCAUCCUCCAUAAACUUCACUGGCUUCCUGUUAGGUUCAGGAUUGAGUACAAGAUCUGUCUCCUGACCUAUCAGUGUAUCUACGGCAGCGCACCUCUGUACCUUAAAGAACUUACCAAUAGACAUAACCCGACCAGACAUCUAUGUUCCUCUGACAGCCACAAACUCCAGGUCCCCAAGUCCAAACUCCGCACUAUGGGAGAUGGGGCCUUCCAGGCCGCGCCUCGACUGUGGAAUGCCCUCCCAAACAACCUGAGGGAACCACAGUCUAUAGAGGAGGAUGUCACAGACAUAAAGUCAGAAUCAGUUGAUCCAUACAACAUACCAGUGUUCAGAUCCUUUAGACCAAAAAUCAUCACAGUGGAAGGAGGGACUGAUGUUGUGUUACCCUGUUCUCUCAGCACCAAGGAGAACAUUGAGUCUAAACUCUUUGACUGGAGGAAAGUAGCUCAGAAUGAUGAAGAUCUGAAGGAGGUGUUCCUGUAUAACGCAGGCAUUCAUUACAACAACGGUCGCCCAGGUCAGAGUGAAGAGUUCAAAGGUCGAGUCUCACAUUUUCAAGAUGAACUGAAACACGCCAACGCCUCCAUAAUCAUCAGAAAUACAAAGAUAUCUGACAGUGGAGACUACACCUGUGAUUUUCCUCGUCUUCAGCCACCUCAAAUAUUCAACAUUGAGCUUGUUGUUGAGCCAAAAUACAUCACAGUGAAAGAAGACAGUGAUGUUGUGUUACCCUGCUCUCUCAGCACCAAGGAGAACAUCACUUCAAAACAGUUUGACUGGAAGAAAGUUGCUCAGAAAGAUGAUUGUCAGAAGGAUUUGUUCUUUUAUAAUGGAGGCAGCAAUGAUAACAAAAACUGCUUUCCAGGUCAAGUCUCAUAUUUUCCAGAUGAACUGAAACACGGCAACGCCUCCAUAAUCUUUAGAAAUACAAAGGUGACUGACAGUGGAGUCUACACCUGUGAUUUUCCAAAUCUUCAGCCACGUGAAAUAUACACCAUUAACCUUGUUGUUGAUGGUGUCUUAAAAGACAGAUCAGAGGAAAACAUCCCAGGUGCAGCUUCAAAACCAAAAGUCACAAUACUUGAUCAACAGGCCCAGGUCUCUGAAAGAGAAGGCAUCUUCAACAUCACCCUCCAAACUAAAGUGACCAAGACCGACACCUAUCGCUGUGUAGCAACACAGGAGGAAAUCAAACAUCAGAUUUAUGCUGAGACCUCUGCCCAUAUCAGUGUUUCAGAGUCCUCCAAUGGAUGGAUUGUUGUUUUAGUUCUUGUUGCUCUUGUUGUUGUUGCUGCUGGUGUUCUAGCUGUGCUUGUAUACAAGGGUUACAUCCUACAAAAUGUUAUACAACUUAAUAGACGGCCAAAAGUCAUCAAAGUGGAAGAAGGCAGUGAUGUUAUUUUACCCUGUUCCCUCUGGCCCAAGGAGGACCUUCGGUCAACACAGUUUAUCUGGCAGAAAAUUUCUCAGAACCCUGAUGAUGGUCAUAAAGUGUUCCUGUAUGAUAAAGGUGAUCUUUACAGUGACGAGUGUCCAGAUCAGAGUGAGCAGUUCAAAGGUCGAGUCUCACAUUUUCCAGAUGAACUGAAACAAGGCAACGCCUCCAUAAUCAUCAGAAAUACCACGAGGGCUGAUAGUGGAGACUACAGAUGUAUUGUUCCAUUAAUUCAGAAACCUCAAAUAUUCUACAUUGAGCUUCUUGUUGAUGGUGAGUACUUUGAUGAACCAGUUAAAGAUGUCCUCUCAUUUAAGGACUGGAGCCUGGUCUCCACCUUGUUAUCUAGCUGCUGCAUCUGAACAAACAUGAUGAAAACUUUGAACUCAUCGAUGGUGUCAGUUUCACAUUUCUUAAUGAAAUAUCAGCAGUCUGUAGUAGAUUAAAUCUGAGUGUGCACACUGCCUGAUGUUACUGAGAGAUGCAUCUGCAUUUUGGUUUUGUUUUUGAAAGUAACAAGCCAAAAAGUUAACUUACCUUUAUGCAUUGUUUUUAAUGUUUUUUUUAAUUCUGACCUCUAGUUUUACAGCCAUAUGUGUGAAGCAGUGAAAAGAUGGGACUGCUUAAAUUCAUACGACAGGAUAGAUAAAUAGAUUUGAUGUGUGCACCUGCUAUUGUGGUUCAUGUUUGUGCAUUAAUAUUGACUUUAUUUCCAAACAGAAAAGAAUGCAUUUUGGGACAGAUCUGUGUAGAUCAGACACCAAAAAUAAAUGAUGUGUUAGCAGUAAAACUGUGAUUGUGCAGCCUGAAUAUGAACAAGAAAGUUUCAAUUAAUUUCUUUAAUAUUGUUUUGUCUUUUUUCCUGCAGGUUCAACUCCAGAGCCAGAUGAACAUGAUACAUUAGUGUAGAAAGGCUUUGAUAAUGUCUGUGAUGCUGGAAACAUUUAUUUAGUUUUCAGUUAUUUAUGCUUGUGUUAUAUCACAAUGAAUAGACUCAUUGAUUUAGUCUUGCAGUUCUAGUUGAUUGUGUAACUGUUUGUAAGACUUGUACAGUAUUCCUGUUCCAGAGGUGUGUAGAGCAGAGAGGACCAGGUCAUCAUGAUGAUGCUCUUAUAAGUCUUGUAUUUUUGUAUUCAAACCAAAUUACAAAGUUUGCUGUG